AUGAAUAAGAAGCUGCAGCUUUCUGCCAGCCCGGGCCAAGACUCCCGCCGUCCUGCCUCCUCGCAGAGGGGGAAAGUGUGUAUGUCGAAGGCUGAACAUGUCCCUGCCUUCUCUGGCAGUCUUGCCAACAUUCCACUGACCCCUGAGACUCAGAGGGACCAGGAGCGGCGGAUUCGGAGGGAGAUUGCCAAUAGCAACGAGCGGAGGCGCAUGCAGAGCAUCAAUGCGGGCUUCCAGUCCCUCAAGACCCUCAUCCCCCACACAGAUGGAGAGAAGCUCAGCAAGGCAGCCAUUCUCCAGCAGACGGCGGAGUACAUCUUCUCCUUGGAACAGGAGAAGACCAGGCUCCUGCAGCAGAACACACAGCUCAAGCGCUUCAUCCAGGAGCUGAGCGGCUCGUCCCCCAAACGGCGGCGGGCAGAGGACAAGGACGAGGGCAUCGGCUCACCGGACAUCUGGGAGGACGAGAAGGCGGAAGACCUGCGGCGGGAGAUGAUUGAGCUGCGGCAGCAGCUGGACAAGGAGCGCUCGGUGCGCAUGAUGCUGGAGGAGCAGGUGCGCUCGCUGGAGGCCCACAUGUACCCGGAAAAGCUCAAGGUUAUUGCACAGCAGGUGCAGCUGCAGCAGCAGCAGGAGCAGGUGCGACUGCUGCACCAGGAGAAGCUGGAGCGGGAACAGCAGCACCUUCGGACCCAGCUCCUGCCCCCUCCGGCCCCCACCCACCACCCCACGGUGAUCGUGCCAGCACCACCACCCCCUCCUUCCCACCACAUCAAUGUCGUCACCAUGGGCCCCUCCUCGGUCAUCAACUCUGUUUCCACGUCCCGGCAAAAUUUGGACACCAUCGUGCAGGCGAUCCAGCACAUCGAGGGCACCCAGGAAAGGCAGGAGCAGGAAGAGGAACAGCGGCGAGCUGUAAUCGUGAAGCCCGUCCGAAGCUGCCUGGAGGCCCAGGCCUCUGACACUGCCUCCGAUUCGGAGGCCUCAGACAGCGACACCAUGGACCAGAGCCGGGAGGAGCCGGCUGGGACUGGGGGGCUUCCCUGACCACCCCCCAGCCCUCCUCUCCCUUCUGGGGGCUGGAGGGGGCCGGAGCAGCAACAGGGAAUACAUUCGGGCCAGCGAGUGAGGAAUUUUUACAAAAUUACGACGUCAUUUGGGUCUCUUUUAUGACCUCUUUUUCAAUACUGUAAAUCAACCUUUGAGCGAAGGCCACCCAACCUGAGGUCCUGGGGGCUGGGGUGGUGGGAGUGUGGGAGCACCGGGACAACUGGGGCUGGGCCUCACCCGCGGGGCUGGGGAAGCUGACACUUGAGGUGCCUGGCCUCUCUCUGCCAAAAAGCAUUUUUUUUUUUUCAUUUAAACAUGUUUUUAAGAACAGGGAAAAUCAAACAAAACCCCAACAUAUUUCUGCCCUCCCCAGAGCCAGCCCUACGACCAUCAGUUUUUAACUCCCCCUUCCCUCCUCUUUUUGGUUUUCUUCUUUCUCUAAGCACUUAAUGGGUUGGGGGUCUGGCUGGGUCAGGACUCUCUGGGGGGUCCGGGGUGGAAGUUGCUUUUGGGGUUUGCUGCUGCCCUUUUGCCCUGCCUUCCCUUCCCCACCUCAGCACUAGGAUUUGCCACUCUCUACCACCAGCUGGCCUCCACCUCUCCCUCCAGGUUUCCCAUCUUUGACCCCCCAAAAUGUCUUUGUCUCUCUUUUUGUUUUGUUUGUGGGGUUUUCUUUUGUUUUGUUUUUGUUUUCUUGUUUGUUUGGUUUUUUGUUUUUGUUUAUUUUUUGGGUUGUUUUUUUACAAUUUCGAGGUCUUUGUGUUCAAGGAGAGCUAUUAUAUUUUGUUAAGAAAAGGGGGGGGGAACCAAGAGGCCACCAUGCCUUUAUAAAGAAACGAAAUAAAGUUUGUACUUUGUUUUUUA